CAACUGGGCAAACUGGGCCGUUCUUGUUUUCAAGUGGAAAAGUUACAAAAACUCUCUUCGAUUCGUGAAUUUGUGCUCCUUUUAUCUAUGUUUUUUGCGUUUAACCCCUAACCGGGGGGAACGUGUAGCCGUUUCCUUUUUGCGCGGCUCGUAUUGAAUGUGCUAGCAGUUACCAGCAGCAGGGACACCCGAAUUGCCGAUUCACCUUGGCGCCGUGUGUCCCCGUAAUAUAUGCGAGCGUCUGCAGCAGCAGCAGCAGCCAGGAAAAGUGUGUCCCCGAACAGUUCCUUUUUCCGCAAACGUGAUUGUAACGAUAUGCUCGUAGAUUCCGUUUCAAGCUAAACAGUGUUAAAACGCGUAAAGUAAGCUUUUCGUGUCGUGAUAAGGCAGUACUGGCAAGAGGUAGCAGGCAGCACAUCUACCAUGGCUGAACAGUUUUCCGCGUCUACUGCGUUCAAGAAUCUGAACAACAAUACCGAUGGCUGGGGCGAGGAUUGGGGUGAUUGGAACGAAACGCCAGCCCCCACGGCUAUUGCUGCAUCAAAUCAGAUGAUGGCGAAGCCGGUACAAGCUGGAAACAGUAUAGCUCCGGCGUCAACUGUGCCUAAUCAAUACUAUCACCAGCAGCAGCAGCAGCAGCAGCAGCAACAGCAGCCAUCUGCUUACUAUAAUCAACAGCAACCGCACGGAAUGUUUCCGCCGACUACCGAAAGUACUCAGCAGUUGCGAGGUGAUGUGUCCAGCGUUGAUCACCGUAAUCAGAACUAUAUGCCAAAUUACAAUGCCACGCAGGGAUACGGUGCUACGCCAUAUCAAUACCCGUCAGCACAGCUACCACAGGCAUCCGUUCAGCCACCACCACCGGAACCACAAGCUUACGGCAACACACCCCUUGCUGCGGCAGGUUAUAGUUCAGCGAAUAACUUCUUUAAUCCUUCUUCAAUGCAACAACCACCACAGCGUCCACCGUCUCACCCACCAGCCUCGACCACUCCUCAGCUCGUACCGACGUUCAGUCAAGCUAUUUCCGAUAGUUUCGACACUUCCGCCGGUAAUAGUUGGAACUGGAGUGUAUCCGAUACUGCGAAAACUCGUACGCCAUCUACUGGACCAACGCCACCGCAUGAAUCGGUACCGGUAACUGGACAGUCGUGGCAAAUCGAAGAAAAUCAUAUUUCAUCGAGUGAGCGAUCGGUGGACGAGCAAGCACCACCACGCACUAGCUCUCAGCAGGCUUCUACAACAAGUUCACUUUCACUAGAUGGCAAUCCAUCACAGCAGGCGCGCUUCGCUAUGCCCGAUGGAUUUGAGCAUCAUAGCAGCAGUGGAGAAGCUGGUAUAAAUCCUAUUCGCUCAGCGUACCAACCACAACCACCACCGCCGCUUGCAGCAUCUUCAGUAACAUCUACUGCACAAGCGGUUGUACCCGAUCGGUUGGACGAAGUGUUGGAAGCGUUGAGCUUGAAACAAGAACCGCACGAUUCGAACGUUUCGAAUCAGGAGUCUAGUUACCGCGAGCAAGCCUUUCCACCGCCACCUCCUUCGAUUGCUGGCAACCACAGCAGUAGCAGCGGUAGCGGAGGUCCACUGGUGAACGAAUCGUUAAAUCAUGCCACAAAGUCUGCCUCAACGACACCACCUUUGCCUCCGCCACCGAUGGAUAACAAUCCACCAGCUGCACCGCCGGUCGUAGCAGCACCUCCCCCUAUGGCCAUGCCGGUAGCAGGGCCUCCAAAAAUGGGACCUCCCGCCGGAUCAGCAGCGAAUCCGUUCAAACGUGCUGGACCACGAUCGCACAUUGCUACACCCGGUCUCGGUGCUUCAGCACCGAUCACAGCCUCCGGUUAUGCUCCACCUGCAUCGAAUCAGCAGCAGGAGCAGCAGCCGUCGCCCCCUGUACCAAGACCAGCACCGAUUGUUCCACCAGAGCCGACCAACUUCGAGAAUAUUUCGGGGCCGGAAAACCGAGAAAUUCUCUCCGAACCGGAUGUACCGGAGGUAGUGCAACCGAGCAACGAUCGUAAUCAAUAUCUGCAAACGGGGCACCUUUCAGAGGACGGAUACGGUGGUGGCGAGGAACAUCAGGAUACCGCGGAUGCUCGCAUGCCACCACCGGGACUCUCUCGCUAUGUUCCGGGACAAAAUCAGCAGCAACCGACCGACCAGGCGGCUGUGGGUGGUCAAAACUUUCCAGAACCUCCUCCCGGUCUCGAUCGCAUGAUUCCCGGCACCGAUCUGACGACGAACGAGCUAAACGAUCUCUCACUUGAACGUCAGGCCGAUGGUGAGGUGUCGGAUCAAUCCGCGAAUGCUCCUGCGCCUGUAGGCAUACGGAAUGAUCUGCCCCAUCUUUCCCAUCACCAUCACGCUCAUCAUCAUGCACGUUCGGAGCGGGUGGACAUGAGUGAUCGUAAUCUGUACCGAGUGCCCGGCGAAAGUGAUCAUCAACAACAGCAACAGCAGGUGCGCGUAGUACCAGGAUUAGAGGACGAUCGUAGUA